GCAGUCACUUCCUCGUAUGAGUAAUAAGAGCUGUUUCACACAGACCGGUCUGCUUGUCAGAGCAACUGACUGACUGACUAAGAGCAGCUCACACACACAGAGAGAAAGACAGACACCGCUGGAGAGACUCAUGCUCCGAUCUGCCACUUGCUGAAUGUGCAGUUGCCGUGGAGACGCUGGUGAGACAGAAUAAGGAGGCGAGGAGGGUUCCCCAGCCAGGCAGUCCUAAGAAGACAAAGCAGAGGAAGCACACGAGCUGUGAAGCAUCAGCCUCCACGAUGGACCAGCAGCAGCAGCACGCCAAAGUGGAGCGAUUCCUCAAGCUGGGAUAUUCUCACAGUGACAUCCUGAGGGUGCUGGAGAGCCUCCGCCACGACGCCCAGACCAACGACAUCCUGGAGGAGCUGAUAAAGACCUGCCACACUCGCACCUCCAGCAACAAAAGUGUGCCCAACAGUCCCAAGCUGGUGCCCAGAGGCUGCAGCCCCAGUCCCAGUCAGCCCAGACCUGGAUCAGACAGAGAGCCAGCUGCUGGCUUCAGACCAGUGGUUAUAGAUGGAAGCAACGUGGCCAUGAGCCAUGGAGACAAGAAGGUGUUUUCGUGCCAGGGCCUCCAGCUGGCAGUGAACUGGUUCUGGGACAAAGGACUGCGGGACAUCACUGUGUUCGUUCCCCUGUGGAGGAAGGAGCAACCACGACCCGAGGCACCUAUCACGGACCAACAUAUUCUCCAUGAGCUGGAGAGGAGGAAGAUCCUGGUGUACACGCCGUCCCGCUGUGUGAACGGUAAGAGGGUGGUGUGUUACGAUGACCGGUACAUCGUCAAGCUGGCCUUCGAUUCCGACGGCAUCAUUGUGUCCAACGACAACUACCGUGACCUGCAGACAGAGAAUCCCCAGUGGAAGAAGUUCAUAGAGGAGAGGCUGCUGAUGUACACCUUCGCUAAUGACAAGUUCAUGCCUCCAGACGAUCCUCUGGGUAGAAAUGGCCCCACCAUUGAUGAUUUUCUGCGAAGGAAACCGUGGACCACAGACAACAAGCUGCAGCACUGUCCUUACGGAAAGAAGUGUACUUAUGGAGUCAAGUGCAAGUUCUACCACCCAGAGCGCACCAACCAAUCCCAGCUAUCUGUGGCCGAUGAACUGAGAGCGCUGAGAGACAGAGCCAAGAACUUCUCGCCCAAAACGAGCCUGCAGGACGCACAAUGCUUCCCUGCCUUGUAUCAGCCAGAGCGUGCAUACACCUCAUCCACCCCUCCACCUCUCAGCAUAGAGGAUCAGUCCCACAGGACUUCACCAAGCGAGCAGUUCUAUCAGAGAGACAGCAGCAGCCCGAGAAGCCAUUCAAACACCAGCCUCCACCACUGCUCCAGCCCGGAUGUGGACGAGGCCUUCAGCUCCAUGGACAGCUCCAUGUCCAGGGUCUGCAUCCAGGAUGUGCCCUAUGGCACAGAGCUGCCUCUCCACAGCUACAGCAGCGGGAUGGCUAGCUACAGCCUGAGCCACGACGACUACUCACUCUCAGGGUCAUUUGGUGGGAGCACCCAGAGGCCCUGCCUGAGCGGAGGAGGUUACUACCCUCAUCAGAACAGUUCCAUGUCCUGCCAGCACCCUGUGUGCAGCCAGUGCAGUUGUGGUCACCAGCAGGCCAGAAUGUCCCAGCACCACAACCACCAGCCAGCAUGGGGCUCCUGCCCUGCUCUGCCUCCACAUACCAGGGACUAUCCUGGUCAUUUUUCAGAAAAGCAGUACUUCAGACAGCUCUCGAACAGACACUGCAGCAGCUUACCAAGGGACCCGUGGGUGCAGGGCGGCCCCUCUGAUGGCAGGCUGAAUGGACGGGCCAAGAGCCCGUCCUGCGAGCAGAGGAAGGGCCUGAGGAGCCAGCUGAGCACCCUGUUCCCUCAGAGCAUGGUGGAGCAAGUCAUGAAUGCUUACCCACACGUCUCAGACAUGUCUGAACUGAUUUCUCUCAUCCAGAGCAACAGGACGAGCCAAAUCUCCUUCUAGAUUGGAAAGAUUCUUUUGUUUGUUUGUUUUUUGCUCAAACUGAGCCCACAUUGGAGUUCUCAUCCCAGAAGCAAAGUGAAAAACGACUGUGAAUUUGCAUUAUUAUGACUCAUACUGUGGGAAGACUCUUGCAAAACACAUUCCAAACUUAGCCUUUAUUUUAGCAUUAAAAAAUGACUCAAUCUGAGGAAGUCUUGAACAUGUAGCAGACUGAAUGUUAUUUCUUUAUUAUAGUAUAAAAGUGCAAUGCACUACGCUCCGUACAUGCUACUUUUUGUAGCACUGAAAUGUUUUAUUAAAGCAGCAUGUGUUGUUUUCUCAUGUUGCCUCAAAGUGAGGAACCCUUAAUACACUAUUCUGUAUUUCUGUAAAGAAUGUCAUUGAACUGUUUUUGAUAUGAAUUUUAGAAGCUUGUUUUUUUUUUCUAUGCCUGUGAAAUAAAAGCACUUCAAUCACUGGA